CCGGGCUGACCUCAGGACUGAGAGCAAUUGACAUCAAUGCCAUUUGAUUUUUUGAUUGACUACAGCGCUAACAAGAUCAUUGAGCAGUAAUUCGUGUGUGCUUAUCAUCAGCUUCAAGCUGGUCUGUGACGUACCUUACCCGCAGCCCGCUUUUUCUCACCGGAACCCCCACCACGCACCACAUCGUCUCCCAUCAACUCACUCUUUCGUCACUGCUUCUUCUCUCCCAUUUAUCCAAUCUGUUGCUGCCCUGCAUCGUUCUAGCUCAAUCGACUGAGCUGCCACUCUUCGUCCUGGAGAUCGAUUUGUCGCAGUCACCGUCGUGAUGGCCCCAACAGUCGCAACUCAACCUCCCCCUCCCAAGCGGCGCCGCAUUGGUGUCCUCACCUCUGGAGGAGAUGCCCCCGGUAUGAACGGUGCAGUACGAGCGGUGGUCCGCAUGGCCAUUCACUCCGACUGCGAAGCUUACGCCGUUUACGAGGGAUACGAAGGUCUGGUGGAAGGCGGGGACAUGAUCCGACAGCUACACUGGGAAGAUGUUCGUGGAUGGCUCUCCCAGGGGGGUACAUUGAUCGGAUCCGCUCGCUGCAUGUCUUUUCGUGAGAGAUCUGGCCGUCUCCGCGCCGCUAAAAACAUGGUCCUGCGCGGAAUCGACGCAUUGGUUGUCUGCGGUGGUGACGGUAGUUUGACUGGUGCCGAUGUUUUCCGCUCUGAAUGGCCUGGUUUAUUGGACGAGCUGGUGAAGAAUGGAGAAUUGACGGCAGAGCAGGUCGAGCCGUACAGAGUCUUGAACAUUGUCGGUCUCGUGGGCUCAAUUGACAACGACAUGUCCGGUACGGAUGCCACUAUUGGCUGCUACUCCUCGUUGACUCGGAUCUGCGAUGCUGUUGAUGACGUCUUCGACACUGCGUUCUCCCACCAGCGAGGCUUCGUUAUCGAAGUUAUGGGCCGGCAUUGCGGUUGGCUUGCUCUGAUGGCUGCCAUUAGCACAGGCGCCGACUGGCUUUUCAUUCCUGAGAUGCCCCCUAAGGAUGGCUGGGAGGAUAUCAUGUGCGCGAACAUCACAAAGAACCGUCGGGAACGUGGCAAGCGCAGAACCAUUGUCAUCGUCGCCGAAGGAGCGCAAGAUCGAAACCUCAACAAGAUCACAAGUGAUCGCGUUAAAGAUAUUCUCACCGAGCGCCUCGGACUUGACACUCGUACAACAAUUCUCGGACACACCCAAAGAGGAGGAGCCGCCUGCGCCUACGAUCGAUCGCUAUCGACCCUGCAAGGUGUUGAGGCCGUUCGUGCUGUUUUGGACAUGACGCCGGACUCUCCUUCCCCAGUGAUCACGAUCCGCGAGAACAAGAUCAUGCGCACCCCGUUGAUGGACGCUGUCAAGGCCACGCAGGAGGUUACAGCUCACAUCAAAAACAGAGAAUUUGAGAAGGCGAUGUUGUUGCGCGACUCAGAAUUCAAAGAGUACCACUUUGCUUAUCUGAAAACUGCCACACCUGAUCACCCCAAACUCUCCUUGACCCAAGAAAAGAGAAUGCGCAUUGCCAUUGUCCACGUCGGUGCCCCGGCUGGAGGCAUGAACCAAGCUACACGAGCUGCCGUGACAUACUGUCUCACCCGUGGCCACACUCCGAUUGCCAUCCACAACGGUUUCCCCGGCUUGAUCCGCCACCACGCAGAUCAACCCAUCAGCUCAGUGCGCGAAGUCAAAUGGCAAGAAACAGACGCGUGGGUAAACGAGGGUGGUUCCGACAUCGGCACAAACCGCGGUCUCCCGUCUGAAGACUACGACGAGGUUGCCAGGUGCUUCAAAGAGCACAAGUUCGACGCCUUAUUUGUCGUUGGUGGCUUUGAAGCCUUCACGGCAGUGAGCCAGCUCCGCCAAGCUCGCGACAAAUACGACGCCUUCAAGAUCCCCAUGGUUGUCCUGCCCGCCACAAUCUCCAACAACGUCCCGGGCACUGAGUACUCCCUCGGCAGCGACACCUGCCUCAACGCCCUGAUCGACUUCUGCGACGCAAUUCGCCAGUCAGCCUCCUCCUCCCGUCGCCGCGUCUUCGUCAUCGAAACCCAGGGCGGUAAAUCAGGCUACAUCGCUACAACAGCAGGGUUGGCCGUCGGCGCAGUCGCCGUAUACAUCCCUGAAGAAGGAAUCGACAUCAAGAUGCUCGCCCGAGACAUCGAUUUUCUCCGCGAGAACUUUGCCCGCGACAAGGGUGCCAACCGCGCCGGAAAGAUCAUCAUGCGCAAUGAGACUGCCUCAUCCACAUACACCACACAGGUCAUUGCUGAUAUGAUCAAGGAGGAAGCAAAGGGCCGCUUCGAGUCCCGUGCCGCAGUUCCCGGCCACUUCCAGCAGGGAGGCAAGCCCUCGCCCAUGGACCGCAUUCGCGCGCUGCGCAUGGCAAUCAAGUGUAUGAUGCACCUGGAGGGCUACGCGGGUAAAUCAAAAGACGAAAUCGCGAACGAUGAGAUGUCUGCAACCGUCAUUGGCAUCAAGGGCUCCCAAGUCCUCUUCUCCGUCAUGGGUGGUGAACAUGGACUCGAGAAGGUCGAGACGGACUGGGCGAGACGGCGUCCCAAGGCCGAAUUCUGGUUGCAGUUGCAGGAUACAGUUAACAUCUUGUCGGGACGGGCGGGGGCCAAAGCAAUGUGGACCGGUUAUGAGGAUGAGAGCCGGACGCGACCUUCGAGUCCGGCACACUUGUCAUGA